AUGAACUAUCAGAAUCUAGCCGGAGGAACGACGGUGGCUUCACAGCAGAGCACCGCGCCGUCCUACUCGUACGCGGCUCCAUCAUAUCCUCAACCGAGCCCUCAGCAGAAUGUCCCACUUGCUGCCGCUAGGGAUGCACCCGCUGAUUUUGGUGACAGAGCCGGGGAAAAUUUCUCCAACCCGCUAGCCCAGUUCGCGGCUCAAGCUCCACAGCUUUUCAACGGUGCUCCUCCUCCUCAAGGUCAGCAACAGGGGAACUACAUGUAUGGUGGAGAUGGAGGGAACAUGCAACAACAGGCUUAUUACAAUAACGCGAUGGACUACUCUGGGAACCGAUACAGUUAUGGUGGGUAUAACGGAGGUGGUUACCCGGCCUAUGGCGGCUAUGAUGCAUUUGGGUAUGGCUAUUAUGAAGAUCAGUUGGGCGCUAAUCUCAAGGCGGUACAGUGGGAAAAAUACACUUUGACCGAGUUCCAGAAGCACUUCUAUGUAGAGCAUCCACGGGUUGCGGCUAUGACUCCUGAAGAGGUCGAGCUUGUAAGAAGGAGACUGGACAUCGAAAUCAUACACGGGGUUGAUGUUCCAAAUCCCAUCACGCAGUUCGAAGAGGCAUGCCUACCAGACUAUAUAAUGGUGGAGAUUCAGAAGGCUGGUUUUGUGAGCCCUACUCCUAUUCAAGUGCAGGGCUGGCCAGUCGCACUAUCUGGUCGGGAUAUGGUUGGUAUUGCUGAAACUGGGAGUGGCAAAACACUAGCCUUUCUAUUGCCAGCUGUGGUGCAUAUAAAUGCACAGCCGUACUUGCAAAAAGGGGACGGCCCGAUUGUGUUGGUCUUGGCACCAACGAGAGAGCUCGCGUUGCAGAUUAAGGAAGAGUGUGACCGCUUCGGUAGAAGUUCACGAAUUUCCAAUACAUGCUGUUACGGUGGUGUGCCUAGAGGGCCCCAGGCUAGAAUGCUCCAGAACGGGGUUGAGAUAUGCAUUGCCACUCCAGGGCGGUUGAUCGAUUUCUUGGAGUCGGAAGUUACGAAUUUGAGAAGAGUUACUUACCUAGUGCUUGACGAAGCUGAUCGUAUGCUGGAUAUGGGCUUCGAACCUCAGGUUCGUAAAAUAGUUUCCCAAAUAAGACCGGACAGACAAACUCUGAUGUGGUCGGCGACUUGGCCUAAAGAUGUGCAGCAGCUCGCCAGGGAUUUGUGCAAUGAGGAACCAGUGCAUGUCACUGUGGGUCAAUCUGGACAUGCUUGCCACAAUAUUCAACAGUUCGUUGAGGUCGUUGAGGAGAACGUCAAAUCAGAACGUUUACAAGCACUAAUGCGAGCAGUUGCCUCUGCCAGUGGGGGAGUUUUCGACGCCAAGGCCCUCAUUUUCACUGACACGAAGCGGUGCGCUGAUGAUAUUACUAGAGUGCUCCGUCGUGACGGCUGGCCUGCCCUGUCAAUUCAUGGUGAUAAGAAGCAGUCUGAACGCGAUUGGGUACUCGCGGAGUUCAAGAGCGGUAGAAUGCCUAUUAUGAUCGCCACCGAUGUGGCUAGUCGUGGCCUUGAUGUCAAGGACGUUAAGUAUGUGAUAAACUAUGAUUUUCCCGGUACGGUAGAGGACUAUGUUCAUCGAAUUGGCCGUACUGGCCGAGCUGGUGCGCAUGGUACUGCUUAUAGUUUUUUCACCGCCGACAAGGCGAAACUUGCCAAGCCUCUGAUUGGUAUUUUGAGGGAGGCGUCUCAACCCGUGCCCGAAGCCCUCGAACGUCUAGCUUUCGCGAGCAAUGGUAUGAAUGAUAAUGGAGGAAAAGGAAAGGGUCGUUACGGCAAAGGGAAGGGAUAUGGAGGCUAUGGAAAAGGGAAAGGAAAAGGAGGAGGAAAGGGCCCUGUAGGAAGUGGAGCGAAUGCGAUGCCUGUGGGAGGAAUGAAAGGCAAAGGUGGUCCUCCUAGCAAAGGCUUCCGUAGUGGCUUCAAAGGCGGAAUGUAA